UUUGAAUCAAGUAUUCCAUGAAUGUCUUCAACAAAUGUGGACUCUUCACGCUUUGAGGAUGAGAAUCUAUCAGUGGCUUCUCUAAUCUUCUACGAACCAGGUUUUUGGGAGUUUCCUCAAAGAAAGUUUAUGAGUCUUCACUUGCAUAAGGUGGAAGGUGACCUGGCAGGAGAGGACCCUUAUGGUUUCGUUCUGGCAGACUCUUUGGCAAAAAUGAGCGGAGCUGACAACGUUGGGUCCACUUCAUAUGAAGAUAUACUACCAAAAGUACCUCCAAGAGCGGCAAGAUUAUCUUUUGAAGAGUAUAACCGAACCUUUUCUUUGAAUAAAGUUGUUGAUCGCCAAGUUGGCGAAGAGGUGAAGCGACAGUUACAAGAUGCAACCGAUACAAGAGUGGCAGAACAAAGUAACAGAAUAAUUCACAACAAUUGUAGAGAGGAGAGGUCAAAUGAUUCUGGUAGCUUUGACACAAAUAUUGAGUCGAGUAUGACUGUGACGGAAUUGGACUCUGACGAAAAACAAGGGUCGGACUCGUUGGACUGUGCUUUAUACGAAACAGAUAUCCCGAGAGAAGUGGAAAGAUUGUCUCCUGAGUGCUGCCGAUUGAAAGAGCUCUUACAACAGUCUGUCAUCAACUUGGAACGUUUGAAACAGCUUGCUUGGCAUGGCUCCCCAAAGGAUUAUCGUGGUACUAUCUGGAAAAUACUUUUAGGCUAUUGGCCUAUUGUAAAUUUGAGAAGAAAUGAGGUUGUUAAGAGGAAAAGAGAAGACUAUCGAGUUAGUUUGUCUCGUGCUUUUUCUCAAAGCCGCAAGUCAGAAACAGAACAAGAGAGGUUGGUGUGGAGACAGAUCACUCUGGACGUUCCUCGCAUCUGUUCAGAUUACAACUUGUUUCGUUUACCAGCUCUACAGGAACUUCUCAAACGUAUUUUGUUUGUAUGGUCAGUUAGACAUCCGGCAUGUGGCUAUGUUCAAGGAAUGAAUGAUAUUUUAAUGCCUCUUGUAUAUGUCCUGUUUUCAGAGGUUUAUCAAACUAGAACAAGUACGUUUAGACCUACUUUUACGGUGGAGACCGAAAGUUUCUCGAGUGCAUCUAUUCAGUAUGUAGAAAAGGACGGAGUAUUGAACCUCGAAGAUAUAGAUGAACUAAAUACAGCGUUAGAUGAUUUAGAGGCUGACGUUUACUGGUGCUUCAGUUCAGUUCUCGAAAGUAUUCAGGACUUUUAUACCUUUGCUCAACCAGGUAUACAAAGGCGAAUUCAAUUAUUGGAGAGAUUACUUGGCAGAGUUUGCCCAAACUUGUAUGGCCAUUUCCAGAGGCAGGGAGUAGAAUUAGUACAAUUUGCAUUUCGAUGGUUUAAUUGUCUUCUUAUUCGAGAGUUACCCUUUCCUGUGGUCAUUAGAUUGUGGGAUUCGGUUCUUUGUGAAGAGGAUGGAUUCGGAAGCUUCUAUGUUUUCAUUUGUGCUUCACUACUCCACUUUUUUGAAAAAGACUUGAUUCGAAUGGAGUUUCAGGAUCUUAUUCUGUUUCUGCAGAAUAUUCCAAAGGAUAUAUGGACUGAUUCGAAUGUAAAGAUACUUCUCAGUCAAGCAUAUUUAUGGAGGGAAAUAUUUAUUUCGUCAAAGAGUUCUUUGGCUGAUAGAAUAUAAGUACCAAGGAAUAAUAGUGCCUAUUAUGAUGCUGUGAUAUCGCCAUGAACUUGCUGUAUACUUUAUCCUUGUGUUCGGUCAAUAUGAAUGAGAAAGAUUACUUCAGACUCUUGGAUGGCAUUUCAUAUUAACUUCAAGAAAUAGAGUCUUUGUAGAUAUUGCAAUUGUCAAUCCAUUCUUAUUUCGAGGGAGUUUUUAUAUUGCCUGUUUUGAUGAACUUCUCCUAUUCAGUUGACACUUGCUAGAAGUUUCCGAAUACCUGUUGUUCAAUACUGCCCAGUCACUUUUAAAAGAUAGUGUUCAAAACAAACAAAGUGAGAGAAAUUAUAUGUUUAUGGAUUCUCCGAUGGAAUUGCAGUUUAUCU